UUGCGCCAAAAUUUCAGCUUCCGCCAAGGGCUUUGCGCUUAAGAACUCACGGUCACGAUGGUAAACGGCGGAAAAACAGUUUCAAUCGAAUUAAUCGGGUACGCCAUUCAGUUACUGCAAGAAAUGGCGACUGAGCUAAACCAGCCAAACCUUCCGCUUUUGGAGGUCGACCGGAUUAUUGAUGCCGUGAGUCGGGUCGUGCCCGGCUGGGAGGCACUGCUGGCCGACAUCCGGUGCGAGGUCAUGCCCGGAACGGAGCAGGAACUUAAACAGAACACACCAAAUCAGGUGCCGAAGCCGUUGGUACUCAAGGAGGAGGAAUCUUCGGCAGCAGAUUCCGUGGCGGUCCUCCUCAACACCAUUCUGGCACAGCUCGAAGCGUACAAGCAGCUCGUUGUACAAGUAGCGGAUUGCCCACGAACGCCGCCGCUGGAGAAUCUGCUGACGAAGCUGGCAGAGCAGGGAAGCGAUUCGCUGCAGAGACUGCGCUCGUUCAUGGAAACUUCAGCAGCCGGAGGUCUAGCGGAAGUGGAAGAGUCGUGUGUCGUUGAGGAGAAGAUCUCCGUGGGACAAGAUCCGGAAGCUGCAACGCCAACCGUCUCGGCAAGAGUAAAAGCAGCGGGCGCUACUCGCAGAAAUGCCGUUGCCCGACCGCGAGUCGUGCUGGACGACGUGCUUGAUCAUGCGGUGCCGAAGACGAAGAAAGACCAGAAAGUCCAGCUCGGAUUUGCGUGCGACCUCUGCCGGAAACGUUACACCUCAAAGCAGAACCUGGAAGGCCAUAUGAACAGUGUGCAUCUGAAAGUUAAACCCUUUGCGUGCAGGGUGUGCAACCAAAGGUUUUCGAUUCGAGCAGCCCAGAACAGGCACCAACAGCGCCAUUUUUGGAUGUUUAACUGCGACAUGUGUAACAAUCGAUACAAGCUGAAGGCUCACCUUCUCCAGCACAAGGCAAAGCGUCAUUGAUGGAGAGAAAGACGGGAUUGGACAGAAAGAGAUGUUAGAACUUGGAGAGGAGAGUUUAGAGCAGGGAGAUAAAAAGAGAAAAAAAGAUAAAUAGAAAAGGGAGAGAAAAGUAAUAAUUUUCAGCAUAUCUGAAAUAAAUCGAAGAUUGUUUGUUCGACUUGUUACA